AUGCUUCCCUUAACCCUCCUAACAACCGUCCAAGGCCACCCUCUCCUCGUCGAACUCAAGAACGGCGAAACUCUGAACGGCCAUUUAGUCUCCUGCGAUACGUGGAUGAACCUUACACUCAAGGAGGUGAUCCAAACAAGUCCUGACGGCGAAACCUUUCACCGCCUCCCUGAAGCUUAUGUCCGAGGAAAUAACAUCAAAUACCUCCGUGUUCCGGACGAAAUUAUCGAUAUAGUAAAAGAACAACAAGCACAACAAGCCGCUAGUGGGGAUCAUCAUCGGUCCGGUGGUGGUGAUAGAGGCGGCGGAAACAGAAGAGGUGGUGGAGGUGCCGGUGGACGGGGUGAUCAUAGAGGUGACCGAGGGAGAGGUAGUGGAAGAGGAGAGUUUAGAGGGAGAGGUGGCGGUGGUAGAGGCGGUAGGGGAAGGGGUAACUAA